GGAAGCGGCUGUGACGCGGGGUGGCGGCGCGGCACCCGCAGGCCGCGCCAUGGCGGCGGACAGGCGCGGGGACCGGGAGCUGCUCGCCCUCAUCCACCAGCACUUGCUCCGCGGAGGGUUCUCCCGGGCGGCCCGAGAGCUGCAGGCGCAGACCGGGCAGAAGCUGCUCCCGUCCCUCUCGGCUUCUCUCGAGGAUAUCUUUACCCACUGGGAAAAAACUCCCUCGAAUUCCAGGAGAAGAAAGGUGAGUGAUGAUGAGGAAGCCAUCCCAGAAAAGAUCAGAGUUCCUGAUCCCAUGAGCAGCUCUGAGAGCUCAGAGAAAGAAGAGGAUGAGAAAGAGAAGGCAAAAGCUGCAAAUGCAGUCAGCCUUCCUCUGGCCACCAACUCGGUGGUGAAUGUAGAAAGCAGUGAAGAGGAUGACUCCUCAUCAGAAGAGGAGACACCAGCUGGAAAAGGUGCAGUUGUGGUGACACCAGCUGCGGUGAGUGGCAAAGCUGCCACCAACUCCCUGCACUCUCCAAACAAACCCACUGUCCCGGCAGGCAAAGCAACCGUGCCCUCUGCUGCAAACAGAACUGUGGUUUCAAACAAGCAGCAGCCCAAUGCACCAACUGCAGCUGCACCUCCAGCCAAGGCUGGGCAGAAACUGCCUGGUCCUGGGAAGCCCGGACACGCCGCGACAGCCACGACCAAAGUAGGUCAAAGCAAAGCACCAGUAACGACCAAAGCACCACAAAGCUCCAGCAGCAGCGGCAGCAGCUCCUCAUCAGAGAGUGAGGAGGAAAAAGAGACACUGGCUGUGAAGGGUCCAGCCCCCAGAGUGGAGGUGAAGCAGGCAGCUGGGGCUGCUGAGAGCAGCAGUGAGGAAUCAAGUGAUGAGACGUCCUCUGAAGAGGAGCUUGCAACUCCAGUGGUCCAGGCAAAAGCAGCUGUGAAAACAGUGCCGGUUAACGCAGCGCCUGUGAAAAGCGCACCUGUAACUCCUGUGCCCCUCAGGAGGAAUGCAGUGAGGCAAACAGCAGUGACACCGACCCAGGCCAAACCUGCAGCCACAACGGUUCCUACAACGGUUCCUGGAGCCACAAAGCCCAAUGACACAUCAGAGAGCAGCGACUCAUCGGACAGUGAAGAUGAGGAACUUCCAUCAGUAACCCAAACAAAACCACCUCCAAAAUCCUCCCAGGCCGUCCCACCUCCAGUGAAACCUACACCAGCACCAUCGCUCUCCGGCAAAGCAACUCCAGCAAAAACACCUCCACUCUCCCAAGGGAAGCCAGCACCAAAGCCAGCAGUGCCAAAGCAGGCCAAAACCACACUGGGAAGGACUGCUGCUCCCACAAAGCCUGCUGAAAGUGCAAAGCCAGUGGAGAGCUCUGACUCCUCGGGCAGCGAAGAGGAGGAUCAUCCUGUGCCUGUCAGCCAGAAGAGGUUAACAGAACAGCCUGCCCCCGGUCCCAGCCUGAGCCAGGCUGCUAAAGCAGUGGGAAGCACCUUGAAAAGCCAGGCCUCGGGAAGUGGGAGCAGUGACUCUUCUGAGAGUGAAGAGGAGUCCCCUGCGGCACCGACACAGCCUCUGCAAGCUGUGAAAACCAACGCUGUGCCCCAACCAGCAAGUGUAAAGAAGGCGCCGGCUCCAGCAGCAGCCUCAGUCCCUCCACCUGCGGAGAGCAGCGAUGAUUCCAGCGAGGAGUCAGAUUCAGAGGAGGAAAUAGUCCCCCCUUCUCAGAUUCUGUCCCAGCAGAACAUCAAAGCAGCCCAGGUUUUGAGCGCAGUGGCUGCUAAGGCUAAUGCCACGCUGCCUCCAGAGAAGGGGAUAAAAGCCCCUGCUGCUCCUCCAGUUAUCAGCGUGUCCGAGAGCUCAAGUAGCGAUUCCUCAGAUCAAGAGGUGGAGGCAGAAAAGGUCCCCACUGCUUCUAGCCUAAAGCAAACGGUUCCUGUGGGAAAAGCUCCCCCAGGCAGCGCUGCCACGCCACAGGCUGCUCCGCUCCUGGGCAGCCCCACGGGCACGUCAAGGAAGCCAGGCCCGCAGGCAGCGCAGGACACCCGCCUGAACCAGGCUGUGCCGCCCGCCCAGGCAGAGGAGGCCACAGACAGCGGCGGUUCCUCGGACAGCAACGACGAGGAGGCACCCAAGCAGCCCCCCAAACCUGGCUCACUGCAGAAACCAGGAGGAACCCAGGCAGCCCACAGCUCCUCCUCAGAGUCCAGUGAGGAGGAGGAGGCAGCAGCAUCACAGUCCCUCCUCACAGGCUAUUCGGGCCCCUCCAGGACCCCAACAACACCCCAGACACCAAAGACUGUUCCCCUCCAGGCUGUGGGCAAAGCAGGGCAAGGGAAAGCAGCCGUGACUGCUGCAAACUCCCUCGCCAAGGCCCCUGUGAAAGCAGCCCCGGCCGACAGCUCCAGCAGCGACAGCAGUGACUCUGACACAGACGUGGACCCGGUGGCUACAAACCACAAAGCAGAGAACAACCCUCCUCCUCCAGGGCAGGAAGCCCACAGGAGCCCUCCAACAAAGAGAAGGUGGCAGGAAAAAUGGAGCCAGGUCAUGGCCAGCCUCAAGCCUUCCCCAGUCAAGAAAGCCCUGGCUGUGAAAGAGAAUGAUGUUGGGGGCAAAAGCUGCACAAAUGACCCCAGCAUCACGGCACUGUUGACCGUCCCACAAUCAGAGGAGUCAAGCUUGGGGAGUGAAACUGAGACCAGGGCCAAAGUUCCUCCAGUGCAAAAACCAGUGGAAGGGCUGGAAGGGAAGAAGAAGAAGAAAAAGGAGAAAAAAGAAAAGAAGGAAAGGAAGAAACCUUCCGCAGCAGCAGACAAGGCUGUGAAAGCAUCGAAGAGCAAAGACAAAGAGAACAAGAAACAGAAAAUGUCUCAGAAGCGGAAACAUCCGGGAGAGGAUGGGGCCGUGGGGCAGCCAAGGAGAAGAAGCGGAAAGUGCAAGCUAAUGAAGAAGUACCCAAAAAGAAAAAAGAAGAAAGCAGCUGGAGAGCUGGAGAAGCUGCCAGGCAGCAAGGAAAAGAAAAAAGCAGCUAAAAAAAAAAAGACUGGCAAAGAAAAGAAGAAGAGCAAAAAGGUGACUUCUGAAGGGGAUCCUGUAGCAGAUGGCUCUGCUGAGGUUCACAAGAAGAAGAAGAAGAAGAAAGCGGCUGAGCCUGAAGGAUUGCGAGAAGGUACAUGGCCUGUGGGGACUGUCAGUACCUCUGAACAGCAGUAACCUUGGCCCAGGCUUGGGAAGACAAUGCGCCCUCUGAAUGCUCACUGGGGCAGCCUGGCCUUGGGUCAGAGGGCCAGGGAGUGGAGCGAUGUAAGGAAAGUCACACAGCAGCGUGCUGGCUUCUCGGGAUGUGUUUGACCUCAACUCUUUAGCUGCUGAGAACUGGAUGUCCAGCCUGGACCUUGCUGUCCUCUGUCAGCAGCAGAGAUCAGCGGCCUCUGGCAAUGUCUGUCUGUCCCUGCUGAGCACAGGGAGCUUGGAAAAGUAAUGUGGAAUAGAUGGUGGUGUUGUAGGCGCCUGGAAGUGGACCAGAUGACUCUGCCCUCGCUCUGCUCAGCUGUAAGGCUGUUCUCCUCCUCCCCAUCCCUAACUCUUUAACUCCUCUCCCCAAAGGUACCGCAUCCCUGUGAUUAAGGAUUUAUGGGUGAAGAUCACACAGCAGAGAGGAAAAGGAAGCUCAUCAGGAGAAUUCCAGCCUAUUUUUUUUUUUUUUUUCUUUUUUCCUUUUAAUAAUAAUUUAUAACUUCUUUUAACUGUGACUGUUAGAGCAGAGCACUGUAACUUUCUGCCUCCUCCUGCCCUGCUCUGGGGCCCAGAGACUUCUUUAUUGCCCCUCACUCACGAUGGCUCGCCUGUUGCACAAGAACUGAACCCAAGGAGGCAGUUUGACCAGAGCAGAGCCAGCUUGCAGAAACUGCUUUCCUUCCUCAUCACAGAGCUAUAUUUUUAAGAGAAACUUCUACCUUUUUCCGUUCUUUUCCUCUCCCCUCCUGUGAUUUGUGGUGUCAGUCCUUUUGCUACUAUGGAAGAGAGCUCUUGGGUUUACUUUUUAUUCCAACACUGAUGGUUGUUGUGUCCCUGGAGUUGCACUGAGCAGCUGUGUCCAGCAGUUGCUCUUGGCUGAGACGGUGUCAUUUUCUGUGGGGUUGUUGGUUUUUUUAUGGAAUACAAAAUAAAGAAAACCAGGAGA